GCUGAGGCGCAGGCGUGGACCGGCCUCUGCACGCCUCCCAGCUCACCAAGCCCAACACAACACAUAAAAACACUCAUCCAGCACUUAAAAACCCAAAAUAAACCCAGAAAAGUAUAUGCAAAUUAAAAGCAUACUCAACUUGUGUAAAGUAAACAUAAAUGAAGGUUUUAUUAAUAGUUUUUGGAGAUGAUAUUUUAAGUUCCCGAAGCCGCAGCCAGGCAGGACAGAAUCGGACGCGGCAGUUGCCAUACCGAGACCAAUGUGAGGCAGAAAACCGCCGACUUUUUCCUCAAUUUUUGUGAUUAUUCUUCCUUCCCUGAUGUGAGGGUCGGGUGGCGGGUGCAGGAGGUCCACACUCUAACCUCGGGAGGGCGGCACGCGCGUUAUCCAGGCCCAGGGAGACGUGAAAUAAGGUCAAAAUGGCGAAGUUGGUCGGUGUUUACGAUGAGGAGGAAGAAAUUCUAUUGGGGAGGAGACAGCUGCCCCUCAACGUGUAUGACAGCAGAGUUAUGACAAUGCAGCUUGGAGAGACAUGUGAACGCUGUGAGGUAUCUGGAGGAGUCUCAGCGGCAGUAGCAGGGCGGCGGCGCUGGGAUGAAAACUUCACUAGACAGUACACAACGCUUAGCAAGGAGGAGGUGGUGGCUGCCCUCACUGUCCCUUCUAAGCUGCUCUUCACACGCCUUGCCCAGACUGUCGCCUGUGUGGGCUGCCGGCGGAGUGUUGAGCGUCUGUUCAACCAGCUGCGAGUGUCGGGCCACCCUGCACUGGAGCCCCUGGUGGUGACCGGCUCUGGUGCCCUCACUGUGCAGAGGAAGUAUGCCCUCCAGACCCGCACAUUGGGCUCACUCUUCAGCGACCACAGCCUGUCCCUAAGUGCAAUGCUGGACAACAUUCCCAAGCUGAAGAAGUCGGGUCGCUGUGUGUUGCACUCCAUGGAGGGGGUGCGGUGCCGGCCGGGGGGGCGGUCGUGGCGGGAGGUGUGGGACGUCAUGGACACCACAUGCCGUGAGACCGUCACCUUGGUGUGCCCCGACCAGCUGCUGGCCACACUUGACAACUACCUCCGCAAGCACCGGUUCUGCCAGGAGUGCAAGAACAAGGUCCACCGGGCUUUUGACAUCCUGGUGGGUCAGGACGGUGGUGGCGUGGAGGCAGGCAGCAAGGAGAAGGGCUACGUAGCUGCCCUGUACGCUGGUAUCCGGCGCUGUGAGGCCAAGGGGCACAUCCACAUCCCUGCUGACACUGAUUAUGUCACCCACCUCAUCACCCGUGCCGAGCCAGAGCUGCAGGGGAGACGGGAGAGGCACGCCAAGACACUGGAGAUCGCACAGGAGGAGGUGCUCACCUGCCUGGGCCUCUUCCUGUAUGAGCGGCUGCAGAAGGUCCACACUCGUCUGAGGGAGGAGGAACAGACCUGGGACAUCCUCUUCCAUGUGGCGCUGGACACUCUGCGGAGGAACUUUGAGCUGUAUGUGGAGGACAAGCAGGGCUACUCCAAGUUUGAGAUGCUGUGUGAGGAGCUGCAAAGACAGGAGCUGAGGGAGAAGGCCAAGAAGGAGAAGAAGAAGAAGAGAAAGAAGAACAAGAAGAAUGAGGAAGGGAAGGAAAACACUUGCCUGUGUGAGGAGGAGGCUGGGGGCUGCAGGGAAUGCGAGUUAAACAUGGCGUCCACUUGUCCCGGCCAGCGUGCCACACUCAUCAACGCCACCAACAAGCAGGUUGGCUCUGAGCUGUUUUGUCGAGGAGGGACUCACCUGGGGCCACCCUUAGGCACCCCACAUGUAGGGAAUGGCCACCUUCACCCACCAGAUCAGCCAGGAGGGGGUCGGGGGGUGGGCGGUGUGGUGGGAGUGACUGUGGGAGUGUUGGAGCCAGUGAUGCAGGGAGUGAGCGUGGCAGCAGUGAAGAGAAAGAGAGCUGUGAUUCUAGCCCUGACCCCUAUCACCACCAUCACCACCAUCACCAUCACCACCAUCACCACCACCACAGCCACAACCACAGUUCGCCACACCCCCUAGAAUGCACUGCCUCCACAGACUCCCUUGUGUCCAGGUGUUCACAGGGAUCGCGUGAUGGAGGUUACUGCUCAGCCCAGGGGUCAUCGCGGGACUCCUCUGAGGUGGCGUGUGGGGAGGGUCUGUGCUCCCACCACCAUGAGGACCACCUGGAGGACCCCCAUGCCCCACACACACCCCACA